GGACGACUCCAAAUGCCUUAGCUCCGGCCCCCCAAGACAACGAGAUGGUGCUGACGAAAGCGUUGGUGGAGCGAGGCUUCUCAUUUCCGCCUUCAGACUUCUUCCUAGAGAUCCUGAAGGCCUAUGGGCUCCAGCCCCACAACAUCUCUCCGAACAGCGUGCUUGCGAUCAGCAAUCACGUCACUCUCUGCGAAGGCCAUCUCCGGGUAAUUCCCGAGCUCUCCCUGUUUCAAUACUAUUUCACUGUCAAGAAGGAGAGGAUCCGGCAGUCCUCCGAGCUGGCGACAUGCGGAACCAUCACCUUCAUGAUUCGCCCGGGCCGCGUCUAUCCCCACACCGACCGCCACGAAUCUGCACGGUACUGGUCCGGAGGUUUCUUCUACUUGAAGGACGCUUCCGACCCUGCGAACGUAAGAAAAUUGCCACCGUUCAAGAACUGCCCCGCCACCGAGCUUCCCACAUGGUCGCAUUGCCCCCACAUCUCCGAGUCACUCCAGCUCACGCGCGCCGUCAGGCGGAUCUGUAAGCUGACGGAGGAGGGGUUGACGGGGAAGGACUUGACCCUUUCCUGGUUCACCAAGCGGAUCCAGCCGCUUCAACACAGGGACGGCUUGAUGUUCCAGUACACAGGGCGCGAUGACCCGAUGCGCGUCACAAAAGACAAUCUCUCCGCCGACGCCCUCGACAAGAGAAUCCGGGUCCUCAUCAAAGUUCCGCGUGAACUCCACGUUCACGUGUGCAACAAAGAUAUCCACAUGAAUGGUUCCGGAACCGCGCUCGAAGCGCUCGAAGAAAACGAACUCGGAACUCUUCUCCGAGUUCCUUCCACCGGCAACACGGAUCCGGAGGCCGCGUCGGAGGCGGAAGCUCCCGAGGCUUCUCGCCCCGCUAAGAGGAAGAAAGCCGCUCCUUCCAGCCCCCAUGCGAAACGCGCCCGCGAAGUGCCCAGCACUGCUGCUACCCGGAGAGCGGAGGCGGAAAAGAAGCGCCUCUCACUGAUUGACACCAGCAACAAGGGGCAACCUGACAUCCAGCAUUUCUUCAAGCCUUCCGGGUAAGCGCCUAUUUCCGAGAUCCAAGUUCUAGUUUCACGCUCAAGCUCUUACUUAUACAUUUAUGUUUUUUCCGAAGCUCCGGAAGCCAGCCCCCCAAGGCCCCAAGGGCCCCGAAGAAAAAGGCCAAGCCAUCUCCGGCUUCUAUUCCUGUUACCCCCGAGGUUGAAGUUCCGCCCAAGGCUUCAUCCGCCU